CCCUUAUCUGUCGCUCAAGACGACAUAACGUGCAACCACCUCAGGCGUGUUUUCUCCUCCCCGUCACUCAUCAAUCUCAAAUAAAGCAUCACCGUCUCGUGGUCUUCAGCUCAUCCCUCCGCCAGUGAUCGUAUGUGGACGAUGACAAUCUUCCCCUCUGCUAAUCCCUCCUCUGUCUUCUUCCUCCUCCUCCUCCUCUUGCAUCUCUGUCUGCUUCUGGGAUUCGGUUCUCCCGCUGCUUCGCAAGAGCAACAAGUCGGAUAUGGAUACGAUCUGCGGUCCGUCGGCGUCGCCCCUUCCGGGAAGACGUUGACCGCCGAGCUCGGACUCAUACGCAGCACGUCGGUCUACGGCCCUGACAUCCAAAACAUCAGCCUCUUCGCAAGCUUUGAGACCAAGAAUCGGCUACGAGUCCGAAUCACCGACUCCCAUCACCGGCGAUGGGAGGUUCCUCAGCGCAUCAUCCCUCGGCAAUCCCCGCCACCAAUGCUCCAAGGCCGCCACGAUCAGCUCCAAGCCCAUGUCAUCUCCAUGAAAGACUCCGACCUCGAGUUCACCCUCCAUCCAACAUCCCCUGUCACGUUUACGGUCUCCCGCCGCUCCACCGGCGACGUCCUCUUCCGCACGCUCCCAACGCUCGUCUUCAAAGAUCGCUACUUGGAGAUCUCGUCGUCGCUGCCGGCCGACAGAGCAUCGCUGUACGGACUCGGGGAGCACACCAAGAGGACGUUCAAGCUAGUCCCGGACGACACGUUGACGAUGUGGAACGCAGACAUCCCAGCGGCGAUCCUCGACCAGAAUCUGUACGGGUCUCACCCCUUCUACAUCGACGUGAGGUCGUCAUCCAACACGACCAGUCCGCCGGGGAUCACCCACGGAGUUCUCCUCCUCAAUAGCAACGGGAUGGACGUCAUAUAUGGAGGAUCCUACAUCACCUACAAAGUGAUCGGAGGAGUCCUCGACUUCUAUUUCUUCGCCGGGCCGUCGCCAUUGUCAGUCAUGGACCAGUACACCGAGCUCGUCGGCCGACCCGCCCCCAUGCCGUAUUGGUCCUUCGGAUUCCACCAGUGCCGAUACGGGUACAAGAACGUGUCGGAGCUGGAAUACGUGGUUGCAGGCUACGCAAAUGCCACCAUACCUCUUGAUGUAAUGUGGACCGACAUCGAUCACAUGGAUGGCUUCAAGGACUUCACGCUCGAUCCGAUCAACUUCCCGGCGGACAGGAUGAAGAGGUUUGUCAACCAGCUUCACAGGAACGGGCAGAAGUAUGUGGUCAUCUUGGAUCCAGGUAUCAGUGUCAACAACACCUAUGGCACAUUCCUGAGGGGAAUGAAGCAAGGUGUCUUCUUGAGGAGAGGGCAGGAGUACUACCUUGGAAGUGUGUGGCCCGGACCGGUCUACUUCCCGGACUUCCUGAACCCUGCCGCCGCAGAUUUCUGGGCCCGGGAGAUCGCCACUUUCCGGCAGACGCUUCCGGUCGACGGCCUGUGGAUUGACAUGAACGAGAUAUCUAACUUCAUAACCUCUCCGCCGGUGAACUCGAUAGAUGAGCCUUCGUAUAGCGUCAACAAUGCCGGUGUUCGACGACCGAUCAACAACAAGACAGUGCCGGCAUCUGCAGUUCACUUUGGGAAUGUAACAGAGUACGAUGCGCAUAACCUUUAUGGCCUCCUGGAAUCCAGGGCGACUCAUGAUGGACUGAUCAAGACUACGGGGAAGAGGCCGUUCGUGCUCAGCCGGUCGACCUUCGUCGGUUCGGGGAAGUACGCGGCACAUUGGACCGGGGACAACGCCGCGAAAUGGGACGAUCUUGGGUAUUCCAUACCAUCGAUCCUCAACUCUGGCAUCUUCGGGAUCCCGAUGGUCGGAGCUGACAUCUGCGGGUUCGGCGACGACACCACCGAGGAGCUCUGCAGCCGGUGGAUUCAGCUGGGCGCGUUCUAUCCGUUCGCAAGAGACCACUCGGACAUCCACUCCAUUCACCAAGAGCUCUACAUUUGGGACUCCGUCGCCCGCUCCGCGCGGAAGGCGCUCGGCCUCCGCUACCGCCUUCUUCCUCACAUCUACACCUUGAUGUACGAGGCACACGUGAGGGGAGCACCCAUAGCGCGACCGCUCUUCUUCUCGUUCCCUGAAGACACGACGACAUACGGCAUCAGCACACAGUUCCUGAUGGGGGCAGGGGUGAUGGUCUCCCCGGUACUGAAGCCGAACGCGAUCACCGUCGACGCCUACUUCCCAAAAGGCAGAUGGUACAACCUGUUCGACUACUUACGGUGGGUAAGCAGCAAGAACGGGGAGCACGUGACGCUCGAUGCGCCGGCGGACACCAUCAACGUCCAUGUCAGGGGAGGGAACAUCGUGGUGAUGCAAGGCCAGGCGCUCACGACUCGGCGGGCGAGGCAGAACCCGUUCGAGCUCCUCGUGGCGCUCGACGAGGCGGGGAGUGCAAGCGGGGAGGUGUUCGUGGACGACGGGGAGGCGGUGGAGAUGGGAGGGGCGGCGAGCGAGUGGAGUUUGGUGAGGUUUAGGAACCGGAUGGAAGGGAAGAAGAAUCUGCGGCUCAAUUCGGAAGUGGUCAACGGCACAUAUGCUUUGAAGCAUAGGUUGGUCAUAAGGAAGGUGGUGAUAGUGGGAUUGCAGCUAAAACCGACAUCGCAUCUGAAUGCGACGGGACUCGGCAGUAAUGUGAGCAUCGGACGACAAAUUAGAGACGGGUCGAGUGUCGUACAAAUAGAGGGCUUUUCCCAGCUCAUGGGUAAGGAGUUUGGGCUGAGGCUGGAGAUCAAUGACUAGGAGAUAUGAGAAUAGGAAGGGAGAACAAAACCACGAAUAAGUCUCUACUUCUUUUCGAGGAAUUGAGAUAUGAACUUUCAUGAGCCUAUGGAAGAACAGUGUUUUCCAUGCACCUGACAAGGUUAGGUUGAAAUAUUUGCAGCGAACCAAAAGCAAAACAUGAGCCCUUCUUUUAA